GACUACGACUCCCAGAAGGCCGCGCGGAGGCGGAGCACGCGCGAUAGAAGGCUUCCGGCUGCUGCUGGUGGAGCCGCGCGCGCGGAAGGGGAGAAGCCGGGUGCUUAGUGACCAUGACGAAAUUAGCCCAAUGGCUUUGGGGACUAGCGCUCCUGGGCUCCACCUGGGCGGCCCUGACCAUGGGAGCUCUGGGUCUGGAGCUGCCCUCGGCAUACCGGGAGGUCCUGUGGCCACUGCCCGCCUACUUGCUGGUGUCGGCCGGCUGCUAUGCCCUGGGCACUGUGGGCUAUCGCGUGGCCACUUUCCACGACUGCGAGGACGCCGCCCGCGAGCUGCAGAGCCAGAUUCUGGAGGCGCGAGCCGACUUAACCCGCAGGGGGAUGCGCUUCUGACGCCUUAACCCCAUCCCGCCCCCAGCCGACGGGACCGCUCUCCCAGCCUCAUUAAAGAGCGAGUUUAUUUUCUAACUUUGCUUACUUUGAGUUUGGAGAUGGGAACUGAGGUUUUCUGUGCCGGUGUCAAGAAGAACCACUGUCCUGAGGCCACCACCUGUCUUUGCUUGCUGCCGGUGUUCCUCGUUUGUGCUCCAAAGGAGGCAAAGAUUCCACUCAAGAUCUCCCAGGCUGCACCUGUGAUCUCAUUGCUCUGAAACCUAACUUUCAUUCUUCACAAUAUACAAGCCCUGCUCUUUUUAA